AGGAGGGGGAGGAUGGGUAGCUACAACGUGAGAGUAUCAGACUCUCAAAAGAGCAUAUCUGAGGAUUGGCUCCACAUGCAGGAGUAUCACGCAGCUGUAAUUGCCCGUUGAUAUAUUAUCGGAAAGCCGGAUAACUGGAGGAGGAUCUGAGGAGAAGUCGCCAAAUAUUGUGUUGAACGUUGGGGUUAAGUGCGUCUCCCAUUCCCGUUUGCCAUUAUGGGAGGGAUGGAUCGGCAGCGGAGGGUAUCCCUGGCUCUUACCUUGAACUUCCUCGCGCUGAUUCUAGCCGUGUCUGCGUUGACAACCAGCUACUGGUGCGAGGGGACACGGAAAGUUGCAAAACCUUUCUGUACCGGACCGGUCACCACGAAACAGUCGUUCUGUAUCAGGUUCAACAGCUCGAACAUCAACGACAGCAGACUGGUCCAGUACAUCUGGGAGUCCGGUGAGGACAAGUACAUUAUGAGGAAGUUCCACACCGGGAUCUGGUUUUCGUGCGAGGAGAACGUCAAUAUGACAGGUGAAAUCUGCAGAAGUUUCAUUUAUGUCACACCCUCACAUGAAAGAGGAGUGCUGUGGCUGUGUAUCGUGUCAGAAUGUCUGUAUAUUCUCCUCCUGGCCACCGGAGGCAUCCUCAUGUCCAUAGAGGCGUGUCACUUAGGAAACGUCAUCGACGGCCUCAAACUCAACGCCUUCGCUGCCAUAUUCACUGUCCUGUCAGGUCUACUCGGCAUGGUGGCCCACAUGAUGUUCACUACAGCCUUCCAGCUGACAGUCAGUGUGGGGCCAGAGGACUGGAAGCCUCAGACAUGGGACUACAGCUGGUCAUACAUCCUGGCGUGGAGCUCGUUCACAGCUUGCAUGGCCUCCUCAGUAACCAUCAUCAACCGCUACACCAAGACCAUCCUGGAAUUCAAACACAAGCGCAGAAACAUUGAGAAGAACCUGAAGAUCAAGCAGAAGCUUCUGGAGCUGGACUCUGGACCAGGGGUUGGGGUGGGACACGUUGGACAUGUGGAACAGGUGUGGGACAUGUACAUCAGCUCAGUACCCAGCUCAGGCUGCACAGCAGAGGAAUUGCUGGACUUGUCCAGUAAUGGAAGGAAGCUGUCCAAUGCUUCAGUGUUUCUGGACCUGAAUGACCUGCCGGAUCCACAAAGAGAGGAGUACUGCUGAGGAGGGAACUAUAGGAGACUGAUCAAGGCACGCACAAGUACGCAUAUACACACAAACAAAAACACAUACACACAAAUGACUGCCACCCAAUUUACAAACCAAAUAGCAACUGUGACUUCGUGUUAGAGGAAAUCCAACUCAAAGUUUCCCCGAUGUUCCAAGCCGAGGUAGAGAUGGGUUGAGGAUGAGAGAAAUGGAUAGCAGAGGAUGCAGUAAUAAAUGGUAGAAAUGAAAAGGCAGAGAGGAGAAAUGGAUAGAGGAGAGAUGGAUAAAGGAUAAUUUCAGGAAAAAAUAUAUAUAAAUGUGUGUGUGUGUGUGUGUGUGUGUGUGUGUGUGUGUGUGUGUGUGUGUGUGUGUGUGUGUGUGUGUGUGUGUGUGUGUGUGUGUGUGUGUGUGUGUAUAUAUAUAUAUAUAUGUAUGUAUAUAUAUAUGUAUAUAUGUAGUGCCUUCAGAAAGUAUUCAUAUCCCUUGACUUUUUGCUUUACAGCCGGAAUACAUUUUUUUCAACCAUCUACACACAAUACCCCAUAAUGACAAAGUAAAAACAUGUAUUAAGAAAUGUUUGCAAAUUAAUUGAAAAUGAAAUACAGAAAUAUCUCAUUUACGUAAGUAUUUAUACCCCUCAGUCAAUAUUUUGUAGGAUCACCUUUGGCAGCGAUUACAGCUGUGAUUCUUUCUGGGUAGGUCUCUAAGUGCUUUCAAUACCUGGAUUGGGAUAAACGUGCCAAUUUAUUAUUGUUAAAAUUCUUCAAGCUCUGACAAAUUGGUUGUUGAUCAUUGCUAUACAACCAUUUUGAUGUCUUGCCAUAUAGUUUCAAGUAGAUUUAAGUCAAAACUGUAACUCGGCCACUCAGGAACAUUCACUGUACUCUUGGUAAGCAACUCCAGUGUAGAUUUGGCCUUGUGUUUAGGUUAUUGUCUUGCUGAAAGGUGAAUUCAUCUCCCACUAUCUGGAGGUGAGCAGACUGAACCAGCUUUUCCUCUAGGAUUUUGCCUGUGCUUAGCUCCAGUCAGUUUAUUUUUUAUACAGAAAAACUCCCCAGUCCUUAACGAUUACAAGCAUGCCCAUAACAUGAAGCAGCCACCACUAUGCUUGAAAAUAUGGAGAGUGGUACUCAGUAAUGUGUUGUAUUGGAUUUGCCACAAACAUAACACUUUGUAUUUAGGAUAAAAAGUUAAUUGCUUUAGUGCCUUGUUGCAAACAGGAUUCAUGUUUUGGAAUGUUUGUAUUCUGUACAGACUUCCUUCUUUUCACUCUGUCAAUUAGGUUAGUAUUGUGGAGUAACUACAAUGUUGUUGAUCCAUGCUAAGUUUUCUCCUAUCACAGCCAUUAAACUCUGUAACUGUUUUAAAGUCACCAUUGGCCUCAUGGUGAAAUCCCUUAGUGGUUUCCUUCCUCUCCGGAAACUGAGAUAGGAAGGAUACCUGUAUCUUUGUAGUGACUGGUUGUAUUGAUGCACCAUCAAAAUUGUAAUUAAUAACUUCACCAUGCUCAAAGGGAUAUUCAAUUUUACCCAUCUACCAAUAGGUGCCCUUCUUUGCCAGGCAUUGGAAAACCUCCCUGGUCUUUGCGGUUGAAUCUGUGUUUGAAAUUCCCUGCUCGACUCAGGGACCUAAAAUAUAGUUCAUUGUAUGUGUGGGGUACAGAGAUGUGGUAGUCAUUAAAAAAAUGAUGAUAAACACUAUUAUUGCACGCGGUGAGUCCAUGCAACUUAUUAUGUGACUUAUUAAGCACAUGUUUACUUAUUUAGGCUUUCCAUAAUGAAAGGGUUAUUGACUCAAGACAUUUCAGCUUUUCAUUUUUUAUUAAUUGGUAAAAAUGUUGAAAUACAUAGUUCCACUUUGACAUUAUGGGGUAUUGUGUGUAGACCAGUGACAAACAUCCAAAUGUAAUCCUUCUAAAUUCAGCUCUAAGUCAAUGGGUGUGAAUACUUUCUGAAGGCACUAUAUAUACAGUAUGUAUAUAUGUGGAUAGAGACAUAGGGGAUGAUAAAGAGUAGAAAUAGAUAAAGGAUGAGGUAGAGAGAAUUCCCAGGCCAUGCUGAGUGCCUUUGAUUCCAGCUCCUGUCUUGUGAUCCACUUCAAACAGCAUGCAGAGCACUGAGUGGGAGACUGUUACAAAGUUACAAAGGCCAACUUCUAUUCCUAUUGUUCUCGCUCUAAUGAGACACGGGAGAUUCCAUUAUGUAGAUGUGCAAACAGCCAAAACUCAGCCAUUAUUAUUUCCUGCUCUUUCUUUCCAUGUGCAGAUAGAUGUAUUGCUUUUUUUUUGCUGAUUCCUAGGAAAUGAAAAGAUGUACUUGACAAUUGUAGUGAAAUACCGAAGGCAACAGAUAGAGAUUCCCCAUCAAUGUACACAUUAUAGACUUGGAAGUUGAAUAAACCAGCAUCAAAUAAUUGUAUUUCAAAACGGUAUUGAAGAUAAUUAUGAUUUAUACUUUAAUAGUCAGUAUAACUUACCUACAAUGACUUGAAGUUAAUUUGAUCAUUUAUUUCUGUAUAUAAUGUGUAUUACGUUUUCUUAUUUAUUUAUUAACAUUCAAAUACAUUUGUUUAAUUUCACUGUUGAAUUAAGCUACUCUAUUAAAGAUAUUUGACAUUUUCCUGCCAUGUUAAAUUUGUUCUUCCUUGUUCUCAAGGCGGAGAUGGUUAUGCUCCUUUAAUGUGUGUUGGUGUCAUAUUUGUGUAAAGUGCUAUUUUGGUAACUUCAUGUGUGUGAUUAACUGCAAUGAUUCAUUUAAAUUAUAGGAAUUCUAUGUUAAGAUGUGCAGAAUAUUAUACAUUUAUAUCAAAGAUAUAAGGGCAAAUUAUGAAGCAUUAAAUAAAGUACCUUGUUUAUUGCCAAAUGUAAUUGUUUAUAUUGUUAUGUACUAAUAAGGUUCAGCAUUGAUAACAGAAAUAAAAUAAUACAU